UUGCUAACGGGGCAGGGAGAGGAAGCGAGUAGCCCAUUCUCUCUGUCAAUGAGCGAGGCAAAGGUGAAUGCAAUGCAAUGGGAGUAAGGAAUUGCGACUGGUAGAAGCGAAAAGUGGCGUAGCGGAGUCGGGUAAUAAUUUAGAAAACAAGAGACCACAAGGCUGAACUUAUUACAGAGGGACAGUUUAAAAAGUUAGGUUGCUACAAACUUAAAUCGUGCCACCGGUUCCAGCAUAGGUCGCGGCAUAUUGCAAGAGCAAGCUAACAUAAAAUAGUUAGCUGGCUGAUCUGAAACUUCAAGUGCGCGAAACUGGGGGACUGAAGCAGGAUGUACUAUGAAGAAAACACGAGCGCACUCAGGCCACGUUAUGGAUCCAUUGUGGACGACGAGCGGCUCUCUGCUGAGGAGAUGGACGAGAGGCGACGGCAGAACAUCGCUUACGAGUACCUGUGUCACCUGGAGGAAGCCAAGCAGUGGAUGGAGGCCUGCUUGGAGGAGGAGCUCCCGCCCCCCACGGAGCUGGAGGAGGGCCUUCGCAACGGAGUCUACCUGGGCAAACUCGCCACGUUCUUCGCUCCCAAGAUGGUGUCCGAAAAGAAGAUCUACGACAGAGACCAAGCGCGUUAUAAGCGCACGGGACUUCACUUUCGACACACGGACAACACAGUGCAGUGGCUGAGAGCCAUGGAGUCUGUGGGACUGCCCAAGAUAUUCUAUCCGGAAACGACUGACGUGUACGAUCGUAAAAACAUGCCCAGGGUGAUAUACUGCAUACAUGCGUUAAGCCUGUACCUGUACAAGCUGGGAAUAGCGCCUCAAAUCCAGGACCUGCUGGGGAAAGUGAAUUUCACAGAGGAGGAGAUCAGCAAUGUGAGGAAAGAGCUGGAUAAAUACGGGAUCCAGAUGCCGACCUUCAGCAAGAUCGGAGGCAUCCUGGCCAAUGAGCUGUCCGUGGACGAAGCUGCCCUGCACGCCGCAGUCAUCGCCAUCAACGAGGCGAUAGACAAAGGUCAGGCGGAGGCCACGAUGGCGGCGCUGAACAACCCCAACGCCAUGCUGAGGAACACGGAGGCCCCGCUGGCACCGGAGUACCAGCGCACCCUGAGCCAGGCCAAGAGACGCAAGGAGGACAGAUCCGCCGGCCAGCGCUCUUCUGUUGCGACUGAAGAGAGAGACGUGUACGAGGAGUUACUGACACAGUCGGAAAUCCAGACCAAUAUCGACCUCGUUAACACCCAGGCGGCGGUUGGGCGGGUGAACGAGGCCAUCAGCGCCCAGGACGAGGCGGCUCUGCUGGCCGGCCUCAGGCUACCCGCCCUGGGGCUCCUGGGGGUGCUGGACGCCAACUCCGCCUGGUACCUGGGCCACUUCACCACCUACAGGGAGCAGAACUCUACGGACAGUGGCACACCUCUGCGCUUGGAGAAGGAGGAGAUCCAGCGCAUGGUCAGCUCCUGCAACGACUCCGCCGAGGCGGAGAAACGAAAGAUGGAUGCCGUCGCCGCGAUCAACGCGGCCAUACGGCGGGGCGAUGCGUCCGAAACGGCGGAGGAGCUGAUGAACCCGGAGGCGCAGCUGCCCAUCGUGUACCAGACUGCCGCCAACCUGUACCAGUCCGAGCUCUUCAGCCUGCAGGCCCAGAACCCGGGGGUGAACCUGGGAUACGAGGAGCUGUCGGUUGCCGUGGAGAUGCUGUCGGCGGUGGCGGUGCUGAACGAGGUCCUGGACACCAAAGACCCGCAGGGGGUGAUCGAGCAGCUGAACGACUCUCCGCUGGGCUUCAGCAACAUGGAGCAGGACAACCUGCAGAGGUACGCAGACAUGCUGAUCACUGAGAAAGCCCAGGCCAUCUCCCAGGGUCGUGAGUUCCUCACCUGGAACGAUGUGCAGAAGAGCAUCGACUCCGUCAACACCCAGGUCCAGGAGGAGCACGAGAGAAUCUUGGCGAUAGCCGAAAUAAACGAAGCGCUCAGCACCGGCGAUCCGGAGAAGACCCUGUCCGCCCUCCUGCUGCCUACCGCUAAGCUACAGGGAGUCAGGCCUUCCACUGCCAAACACUAUCACGACGUGCUGCAGCACGCCAAAGCGCACAUUUGUGAGAAGUCUGGAGAUGAGAGCGCCGUGCUCUGGCUGGAUCAGAUACAGGAGGGGGUCCACACCGCCAACAAGAACGAGGAGGAGGCCUUCAAGCUGGCCGGUGCGGUGGCAGCCAUUAACCGGGAGGUGUCGGAGGGGGACCCCCAGAGCACCCUGCAGGCCCUGCAGUCCCCCUGCGUCGGUCUAAGAGGGGUGCUAGCCGAAUGCGCGGACACCUAUCUGUCAGACCUGUCCAAGCAGCAGGCGCUCAACACUACUGAAGUAGGCUCCAACGACAGCGUGUGGGUGAAACACUGCAUCAAAGACAAGUACGACUUCUUCUACAACUUAGAGAGCAAGGAGGGGACGUGGCUGGAGCCCGAGGGCUUUGUGCACUGCAACACUCAGCUGACCAAAGAGCAAAUCCAGAGCAUUGUGGGAAGCGUGACGGCUGAUUAUAACCGCGAGCAGCUGUGGCUGGCCAACGAGCCCCUGAUCGUGCAGCUGCAGGCCCGAGUUCGAGGCUACCUGGUGCGGCGGGCUCAUUCCGAGAGGCUGGAGUACCUGCGGCGGCAGGAGCCCUCUGUCAUCAGGCUGCAGGCUUCCUGGAAAGGAUGUAAACAGAGGAAGACCUACAAGAACAGACUGAGCGUGCUCCAAAAUAACGUAGCUGCUAUUGUCAAGAUACAGUCAUGGGUGAAAAUGUGGCGCCUGAGAAGCAGAUAUUCAAAAAGGAUUCAGUUUUUCAAAGAGCACGAGAAGGAGAUUGUGAAAAUACAGGCUUUUCUGAAGGCAAAUAAGGCGAGAGAAGACUACAGAACACUGACUGGGGCCGAGGACCCCCCGCUGUCGGUGGUGCGGAAGUUCGUGCACCUCCUGGAGCAGAGCAGCCUGGACCUGCAGGAGGAGCUGGAGGUGACGCGGCUGAGGGAGGAGGUGGUGACCAUGAUCCGCUCCAACCAGCAGAUGGAGAAAGACCUCAAUCUGAUGGACAUCAAGAUCGGCCUGCUGGUGAAGAACAGGAUCACGCUUCAGGACGUGGUGUCCCACAGUAAGAAACUGAAGAACAAAAAGAGUAAAGUAAACAAGGACGACAUGUCCAUGGGGGACAAGCAGGGCAUCAAGGGCCUGAGCAAGGGCAAGAGAAGGAAGCUGGAGGCCUAUCAACACUUCUUCUACCUGCUCCAGACGAAUCCCUCGUACCUGGCCAAGCUGAUCUUCCAGAUGCCCCAGAACAAAUCGACCAAGUUCAUGGACACGGUGAUCUUCACCCUGUACAACUAUGCCUCCAACCAACGCGAGGAGUACCUGCUGCUCAAACUCUUUAAGACUGCCCUGGAAGAGGAGAUUAAAUCCAAGGUGGACCAGCUCCAGGACAUUGUGACGGGGAAUCCCACGGUCAUCAAGAUGGUCGUGAGCUUUAACCGCGGGGCCCGUGGUCAGAAUGCCCUCAGGCAGCUGCUGGCCCCAGUGGUGAGAGACAUCAUCCAGGACAAGAGCCUGGGGAUCAACACCAACCCUGUGGACGUGUACAAGGCCUGGGUCAACCAGCUGGAAUCUGCCACUGGGGAGGCCAGCAAACUUCCGUACGAGGUCACCCCCGAGCAGGCGGUGGCCCACGAGGAAGUGAGGGCCAGGCUGGAGACCUCCAGUCAGAACCUGCGCCUGACCACUGACAAAGUGCUCGGCUCCAUUGUGUCCUCGCUGGACAACAUCCCCUAUGGCAUGAGAUACAUAGCCAAAGUUCUGAAGAAUUCACUGCAUGAAAAAUUCCCAGACGCGACGGAGGAUGAGCUUCUAAAGAUUGUGGGAAACCUGCUGUACUACCGUUACAUGAACCCCGCCAUUGUGGCUCCGGACGGGUUUGACAUCAUCGACAUGACGGCGGGCGGGCAGCUACACUCGGACCAGCGCAGGAAUCUGGGCUCGGUGGCCAAGGUGCUGCAGCACGCCGCCGCCAACAAGCUCUUCGAGGGCGAGACCGACCACAUGGCCUCCAUGAACAACUACAUUUCCCAGACAUACCAAAAAUUCAGACUGCUUUUCCAGGCAGCGUGCGAUGUUCCAGAGCCAGAGGAGAAGUUCAACGUGGACGAGUACUCCGACAUGGUCACCCUGAGCAAACCCGUCAUCUACAUCUCCAUAGAGGAGAUCAUCAACACUCACUCACUGGUUCUGGAACAUCAGGACGCCAUUUCGCCGGAUAAGAACGACCUCCUUCACGAGCUGGUGGAGGACCUGGGGGACGUUCCCGACGUGGAGUCUCUGCUGGGGGAAGGAGCGGUGGACCCCGGCGACCCCAACAAGGAAAGCACACUAAGUCAACUGGCCAAAACGGAAAUCUCCCUCACCCUCACCAGCAAGUUUGAGCUGCUGGAGGGCGACGAACAGGACAUGAACAGUCUCAUGAUGAAGACUAAGAAGCUGAUCGUGGACGUGGUGCGAAUCCAGCCGGGGGAAACGCUGACAGACACCCUGGAGACGCCUGCCACGCCCCUUCAGGAGUCGGAGCACGCCAAGGUGAUCGAGAAGCGGGCGGUCCAGGACGCCAGGACGCCGGACGGGCUGAAGACCAGCCAGUCGGUUCUGGAGGACCGCCAGCUGCCCCUGGAGCAGAAGAAGAGGAAGAUCCUGAGGAACCUGCGCACCCUGGAGCAGGCUGGGCGCGUGUCCUCCCAAAACAAGUACCAGGACGUCAUCAACGACAUCUCCAAGGACAUCCGGUACCAGAGACGGUACCGGCAGAGACGGAAGGCCGAGUUGGUGAAGCUCCAGCAGACUCUCAGCGCUCUCAACUCAAAAACGGCCUUCUACCAGGACCAGAUCAACUACUACGACACCUACAUCAAAACCUGCCUGGACAACCUCAACAGGAAGAACGCCCGGAGGUCAAUCAAACUGGACAGCAAGGGAGAGGAGAAAGGGAGCAGGAAGUCCAAGCAGCAGUCGCUCAAGUACAACGGGGCACGUCUGCACGAGAAGGGAGUCAUCCUGGAAAUAGAGGGACUGCAGACCAACCAGUUUAAGAACGUCAUGUUUGAAAUCUCUCCCAGUGAGGAAGUUGGGGACUUUGAGGUAAAAGCCAAGUUUAUGGGCGUAGAAAUGGAAAAGGUCCAACUGCAUUUCCAGGACCUGCUCCAGCUUCAGUAUGAAGGCGUGGCGGUCAUGAAGAUGUUCGACAAAGCCAAAGUCAACGUCAACCUGCUGAUAUUCUUACUAAACAAGAAGUUCUACGGGAAGUGAAGCUUCUGACAAAGCACAGUUUAGAUUCCAGAACCCCGCCCCCAGACAUAACUGUGUAAAGCUAUGAUGGUUUCCAUUACCCCAGUUUAUGGAGUCGGUUUUCAGAAAUGGGGGAUAAAAUUGGAUUGUGCCUUGCCUUGUGUAAAACGAACAUGCUUUUUCAGAAUUAUAACUGGAUUCAUUUUUUGUCAUUUUAUUAAUAACUGGAUUAUUUUUUGGGAAGUUGAUUGGAAUUCAUUCCACUCAUUACAAAGCAAAAAAAAAAAAAGGAAAAGUUAACAAAUGGUUACUUAUAUUGUCAAUUUUAUUGUUGUGGUUUAUUUUGUUAUCCACUGGGUGAUUGUAUAUGGAAUAUAUAUUUUAAGAUUAUAAUUAAAAUGACAUUUUAUAUAAAGACGUUAUAUAAGCAAACAACAUUAUCACUUGUGAAUAAAGAUAAUAGUGAAUUGUUGUAAAAUGCACUACUGCCUCAAGGUUGUUUAGGAUGUAAAAUGGAACAUUCCAACCAGACUGGUCACCAGUCGGUUUGCUAAGUGUUACCCUGUGCCUUUUUGUGUCAGAGUACUGGGAAGCUAUGCAUAUUUUUAAAACCAGUUCAUUAAUAACUAGUUCUUCCCAGUCUUUCUUCCUUUUUAAAUGCAGUCAGAUCACCGAUUAACAUAAUUCCACUGUUUAAAAAAAAAAAAAGAUGAAUAAACUACAAACCUCAAUGUA